AUGCGAGAGGUCUCGCAAUACCGCCAAGAGGUUACACCUCGACGGCCUGCUGGUCCGGCUGUGCGGCAGGUUGCAGGUGCACCCUUUGGCCCAGUGCCAACUUUACACUUCUCUUCCGGCACAGCCACAUGCUCAGCACGUGGCACUUCGCGUAUAUUGAUAGCAGAACCUUGA